AUGGUGCACAAUGAAGGACGGUGGUUUUCUGCUCCGGGGGCCGAGCUCCGGGGCUCCCCCCACACACCCUGGGGGGCUGGUCGCCCACGAGAAGCCUGGAUGGGCCUCCACAGCCCCCAAGCCCUUGAGGGGCCUGUCAGCGCCAAUGAACGCGGCACAGCGGAGAAUUCGGUGGCGGACCAAGCGCAGCCGCGACAGGAAACGCCGCGGGACUCUGGGAGGGAAGGAAGCGGGGUCCGAGUCUCAGCCAAUGAAGGAAACAGUGCCUGUUCCGCCACCAUGCAUGUGGCCUCCCCCUCCCCACUGGCCCCGUGGGCACCUCCCUCAGCUCGGCCGGCCGGGCAGCCAGACCCACCAUGGGCCCGGCCACUGGCAGUGGUUCUGUCCGGGCCCUUCUCUGAGCCCGGCGCCGCCUUAGAGGCAGCUUCGCCCACCUUACUGGGCCCUCCAGUGGGGGCUGCAUGUGCCCGGGGCACUGCUGCUCCCCUGUCCCCCCAGGGGGGCGUGACAGGCCUCUGGGCUUCUCUGCUCUCUCUGCCAUGUAGACCUGACUCACCGUCCCUCCUUGAUUUCUUCAGUUUGGGGCUCCUUGUGGUGGGACCUGCCUGGGGGUUGUGGGUCCCAUCUGAGGUGACCUCAUCUUUUAAAGAUAACGUUUUCGGGGCAGCGGAAAGGCCGAGGGGGCACUUGGCCUUGGUGCCCCGGACCAGCUGCCCGUGCAGGGCCUUGAGCCUGGCGGGUGGGUCUCAGCACCCAGGAGCUGACCCUCAGCCAGCAAGAGAGGGCCCGGCUCCCUGCAGAGCUGCCCCAGGGAGCACGGUCCUGGGGCAGCCGGCAGCCCCACCCGGGGCCCUUGGGGUGGAUGCCCCCUUUUCUCUCCGGUCCAGCCUGUGA